AUGAAGUUCCUACUCUUACUCGUCACUGCGGCCUCGGCAGUCGCGGCCUGGCCAUUCCACUACAGAUCAAACUGCCUGACCGACGACAAAGCGAGCGCCAUCAUCGACACCUUCACCCAAGCGCUGCGCACUCCCAAAGACAGCUUCGACACAUACGUCAGCCUCGUGCAGUCCAUCGCCAACCCCGACUACUCAGAGCACAGCGACAGCGUCAAUUUCUUCAGCGGCGCACCCAUUGGCUCGGUGACCGUGAGCAGCUUCGACGACCUGGUGACAAGCCAUCGCGCACAGGGCGGUCCCGCGUAUUUUCAAAUCGACACCCUCAACAUCUGGCACUCGUGCGACGUCAUCACAUGGAGGUACAGGGCCAUCCAGACGGAGGGGACGAAACCCGUCACGAGCAUCAUGGCGCUGACCCUGGGCAAGAAUGGUAAGAUCGAUGCCAUCUUCUUCGAGUUCAACAAUGCCAUCUCGGCUGAAAACUUUGGCUAUACCAUCACGCCGCCAGCAGUCAGUGGCUGA